AUGCGCUCGCUCCUUACGACACUCGUCUUAUCAUGUGUGGUCACUUCCGUGAGAAGCGCGUUCGUCGACCUGUUCAGCAGUCCCUCGAGAAGUGAUUACGGCGGCUGUGAUGGUCAAACAGACCUGAUCGAUACUUGGCUUGUUGAAAGCCUGACGUUGGCCGAUGCUGGUCUCGAGGCCGUAGCUGAUUACGAUUCCGACUUGGUCGUUCGAUUGAUGUUCGACGCUUUCUUCGGACAGAAGCAGACGGGGGAUCGCGAAAUUUUUGAUGUCGUCUCAGCAAACUUGAAUCAAGUCGCCAGCUUUCUGCAGAAGGGCCUGAGCGGUAACAAACCAUGGUUGUUCUGUGACAGCAGCUGGCUCGUCUGGAGCGAAUGGCAAGACGUCGCAAAAGACGCGAGAGGGAACGAUUUGCUCAUAGAUGGUGCCCUGGUUUCUCUGCAGGAAGUGGAUGACGAGCGAUAUUCCAAAGCCUUUAAAGCUACAGAUCCUGUCCAGGUGCCGUACUUUGCUCCGGAUGUCAACAACUAUCUCUUUGCAUCCGACGUGAAGGGCACCUCUUUUUGUGCAUCGGGAGCAAGUCUGGCGGGUACCCAAACAGAAGCUGGGUUCAAAUCAGUCACGUUGUGUCUCAACAACAUCCUCCGCACACCGGAAAUUGCCACCUUGGACACAAACACCGUAGGAAGGUCGGGGUUAAGUCUAACCAAAUUUUUCCCGAAGAGCGCCACUUUGUUCCACGAGCUUUUCCAUCUGGUCAGCGGACAGCUCGAAACGGAGGACGUACCUGGCUACCGUUACGCGGACGUUGCAGCUUAUGCAACAUCCCCCGAUGACAUACCGUACCCAGAAGAGAAGGACCCCAAGACAGCUGGGUAUUACAACUCUUAUAAUCCAGAAAUCUACGUCUUUUUCUGCGUUGCGUACCAUCAGUAUGUAGCCAGUGGCCGAAAGUGGAAGUUUACAACGUCGAGGUCCAGCGCCGUCUGA